ACUAGGCGGAGCACGAAUGCACAUUUAUAUUUUGCACAUUGUCCUAUCAAUUCCGAUCAUAUAAAACAGCUGAACCAAAUAUCAAAUCAAUAGCAGACAAAGCGCCACUGGAACGGAGUCGGGUCAGACUUGAUGAAUUGUUUGGGCUAAAAUAUAAUUCAACCCUAAAAUGGAUCCUUGUAAUUGCUCAAAAACUGGAAGCUGCAGUUGCGGUGGACUCUGCAAGUGUACAAACUGCGAAUGUGCCAAGAAAAGUAAGUGCAUGUUUUGUUCCUGUUGCCCGACUGGAUGCAGCAAGUGCGCCUCUGGUUGCGUGUGCAAGGAGGGCAAGACGUGUGACACAAGCUGCUGUCAGUGAUGACAUGACACUCCAUUGUCCUCUACCCGUGCACAUGACAUUAUCCCUGUUGUACGACAGCGCAUUGUGAUAAAUUGCAGCUCCAAUUUAGCUGUCUUCAAUCAUGUGAAACUGUCUCCUUGCUUUUUAGUGAGCACUAUUGUGAAUUCCAGUGACAUUACCCUUUCCUUUGAAAUGUAAAUGUCUGGCUAAGUAAAAAUGUGAUCUGUGACUGUAGUGGGUACCACCUGGGGCCAAAAUCAGGCCCUUGCUGGUAUAGGGGGAUUACAUGUCUUCCUUAAUCAGUGGUGCCAUAAAAUGUAAUAUUUUUCAUAGGACAUGGGGGCAGGAUCAAUCAUCAGUGAUUCCAGUUUUCUGGCUUCAAUCUAGACAUUUGUUAAGUGUUCUAUUGCCUCACACGGGCAGCCUAAUUCUGAUAUUUUUUUCAAUAAUUGG